AUGAACGCGCACUGGAUUCUCCAAGAUACUCCUCCUACAAUGCUGAAACCCUUCAAUAAAGACCUUCAUGUCAAGUACAUUCAAGAUCUUGACUCUAAAAUAGCGAAACAGUCAUACGAAUAUUGGCUUCUGGAACAUCUUCGCAUCAAUGGGCUUUACUGGGGCCUCACAGCAUUGGCGACUAUGGACAGACUAGAUGCUUUACCAGAGGAUGAGGUGAUUUCCUUUGUGCUCACAUGUUUUGACGAGGAAAAAGGUGGAUUUGCUGCCUUCCCUGGGCAUGAUGCACAUGUUAUCACCACUCUUUCGGCCUUACAAAUUCUUUUAAUUUACAAUAGCAUGGAGGUUCUAGGAGAGGAAAAGACAAAAAGAAUUGGUGAUUUUGUUUUGAGCUUACAACUCCCCGACGGUUCUUUCAAAGGAGACGAGUUCGGCGAGAUAGAUACGCGGUUUGUGUUUGUUUCGCUCUACAUUUUGACUCUUUUGGGACGCACAGAGGAAAAAGUUAUGGAUCUGGCAGCAUCAUUUAUUCUAGACUGCAAGAACUUUGACGGAGGUUUUGGCAUGUAUCCUGGAGCAGAAUCGCACGCUGCACAAAUGUACACUUGUAUUGGGGCGUUGGCGCUUUGUGAUCGCUUAGAUUCUGUCAGCCCAAGAACAGCAAAUUGGCUAAGUGAAAGACAGGUGUUGCCUUCGGGUGGUUUCAAUGGGCGGCCUGAGAAAUUACCAGAUGUGUGUUACAGCUGGUGGGUCCUACUGUGUUUGGCCAUGUUGCAAAAGGCUCAUUGGGUGAGCUUUGAGAAAUUGGAGGAGUUCAUCUUGAGCUGUCAAGAUUUGGAGAGGGGCGGCUUCAGCGAUCGGCCAGAUAACCAGACCGAUGUGUUCCAUACAUGCUUUGCUAUUGCGGCUUUGGCAUUGAUGUUUCCGGAAAAGUAUGAGUUAAAGCCUAUUGACCCCAUCUUCUGUUUGCCAAAGGAAGUGGCACAGAAAAUACACAGGUUCUCAAAGCAAGAGAAAUAG